AUGAACGCUGCUACUGACGACGGGCGCUGGCUCGGUCUGCCAUACCAUCCAAACGCCGCUGCAGCCAUAAUCUUCAUCGCGACAUUCGGACUGGCAACUCUCGGCCACAUCGGACACAUAUUCUGGCUGCGGGCCUGGCACUUCAUUCCACUUCUCAUCGGAUGCGUCAUGGAAACCUUCGGAUACUACGUCCGAUUCUGGCUCUCUCGAUCUCCAACAAACUUCAAGGCCUACGUCCUCUACGACCUUCUCGUGCUUCCUGCUCCGAUCUUCCUCGCUGCUACCAUCUACAUGUCUCUGAGUCGGAUCAUUAUGGCUCUAGCUGCGCAAGACCUCUCUCCGGUACGACCGUCGAGGAUGUCCAAAUGGUUCAUCUUCGGCGACGUGGUCUGCUUCCUCGUACAGCUAGCGGGAGUGGGCAUGGGCGUUACCACCAGCCGCAACAUUCAAGAAAUCGGCGCAAAAGUGGUGGUCGUAGGUCUGGUGUUCCAGAUUCUCGUCUUUGCUCUGUUUAUCAGUGCGGCAGUUACACUCUACCGACGCUACAAGUCGCAGGUCGGACCCGAUUCCGGGCCGCUCGAAUGGAGAAGAUACUUGAUCUCGCUUCUGACUGCCAGCGGGUGCAUCGUCAUUCGUAAUAUCGUACGAGUAGUCGAGUACGCUCAAGGCCCGGACGGCUCCAUUGCAUCGCACGAAGUCUUCGUGUAUCUUUUUAAUGCAUUGUUGAUGCUGUGCGCGGUAGUCCUUAUGCUAGCGUUACAUCCCGGCUACUUGUAA